CAAAUUGUCAGGUUUAGGGACAGAAGUAUCCAAACCACAAGUUCUCAAUACUGUAUGAAAAAUGGCUCCCUGCAAGUCAAAGAGUAAAUAGAGAAACUUAUCUAUUACCCCAGUAAAAGAGUUCCAUAGAUGUGCUGUUGGAACUGAGUAAGUAAAUGUGUUUUAACUCUCUUUACAAAUUAGACAUUCGAUAGGAGGAGGAAAUGAGUGAUUGUUUAGAUAAGUACCCCAGUAUACCCAAGUGCUGGAAAUGUUCUAACAUAUUACAAGCCGCCUGCAAUGUGCGUGCCUCUGUGUGUGUGUGUGGAUAAAAUAUAAAUCGAUACUAUGUGUGCCUUGUUAGAUAGAAUAUAUAUUCAAAUAGAAUUUUAUUGCAUGUAUCCAUUAUCUAUAAAACUGCAAAAGACAAUAAUCUGAAUUUAAACCAGGCUAACUGUUAAUGUAAUAUCUUUAGGAGGGCAAGAUCUAAACCGUAUCGUAUUUAUGCUUGAUAUAUUAGAUGUAUUGUACCCUACCAGCAGAUGGGAUUACCCACUCAGCAAUUAUAUUCUCGAAGGGUGCGGUAAAUAUUUCUGUGUGUUUAGAUGCUUUCCUGAAAAGGAGGAGGAGAAAAAUUCCGAAAAGUUCGCUUCUAACUCCGCAUAUACCAGACUAGCUGAUGUUUAAUAAGUACUUUUUUCCCCUUAGAAUAAGAGCGUAAUUAAUUUAAUCAUCAAAUUUCAAUUACCUAAGGUCAAGGCGGUUGCCUCUUUUCCCUCUGAGCCGAAAAUAUCGUUAACAAUCGCAGUUUUAGCCAUGCAGAAGUGCCCCAGUGCCCUCUCCCCUCCACGCCAAGGUUUACGGGUUCCUUCUGUGAAGGCGCAAGCGAUUUCGCGUGGAACAGAAAAUUAAGAAAUAAGCCCAAAAAGAGGCAUACCAAACCGACAGACUUAAAUUCGUAGUUUGGAAACCGCUCCUGCACGGGGAGGGAUGGUAGCAGGGAGCCCUGCCAUCGCCGCUAGGAAGUACUUGAUGCCUUCGUGUCCGCCUUCCCCUCUCUCCCUCCCUUCCCCCUCUCUUCCCCGAUAUUUUCAGCCUCCUUAUAUCCCUCACACCCCGCAAGCCACGCGAGGACUCUCCUCGGCCUCCCCGCCACAUUCGUACGAACUUUUUCAUCUAUUCGAAGGGCAAAGCUUUGGCCCCAGUGCUCCCGGCCGGCCGGCCGCGGUCUGCGGCGGCGGGGCGCUGGGACCAGACCCCGCAGGGCUGUGGCUGGCCCGUGCCCGGCAGCCGCUGCCGCCCUCUGCCUGCGCGCAGCCCCGACUCCAGGCGUUUGGAGACAGGCUCGUCUAAAAGGAUUGUGCAACGCCUUGUGCAAUGCCUGCCUCCCUCUGGAUCGCGCAGCUGGACUGCGCUCCACUUCCUCGCCCCGCUUCCUACGCUCUCCCGCGCGGAACGGAGAAACAAAAAAGUGCUGGGGUGGGGACGGGGGAGAAAGGCUGUCAGAGCUGGACUAGUUUUAUCUCGCUUGACACGGCCACUGCCGGUCGCGGCCCGGGUUGGAGCAGGGGAUGCUGGUGAGGAGCGGCCGCGCGCGUCCGGCAGCCCCCGGCGGGGCGCUCCCUUGUCGGGCAGCCGCCACCGGGGGAGGAGGAGCGGCAGCGGCCCCCGCGGUGAGUCCACGGGCGCGGAGCUGCCCCGCGGCCGUUCGCCCUCCUUCCAUUUCCUGAUCCGGGGUCCGCGGCCCCGCGCGGUAAUUGGCGCUGGUGGUCAGGUGGUGGUGGGUGAGGGGGGUGUGUGUGCGUUUGGGUGUUGUGUGUGUUGUAGGCGCUCCAGGGGUGGGAAGAGAGGAAGGGAGGAGAGUGAGACUGGGAAAGGAGCGGGGGGGGGGGGGGAAGCUGGAGGCCCAAACUUUGGUAGCGGCGAGCACUUGACAGCGGCGGGAGGGGGAGAGGGAGGGAGGGGAGGGGGGGGAAGGGGAGGGGCCUCGCCGAGCCCAGAAAAACGACAACGCGAGAAAAAUUAGUAUUUUUGCACUUCACAAAUUAAUGACCAUGAGUUCGUUUUUGAUAAACUCCAACUACAUCGAGCCCAAAUUCCCUCCCUGCGAGGAGUACACGCAGCACAGCGGCAGCGCCGGCAGCUCCGCCAGCUACCACCCGCACCACCCGCACCCGCACGCCCCGCCGCAGCCGCCGCCGCACCUGCACGCCGCGCACCCGGGCCCGGCGCUGCCCGAGUACUUCCCGCGGCCGCGCCGGGAACCGGGCUACCAGGCUCCUGCAGCGCCGCCAGGGCCGGCGGGGCCGCCUCCCGAGGCGCUCUACCCGGCGCAGGGACCAUCCUACCCCCAGGCGCCCUACAGCUACAGCAGUGCCGGCAGCGCCGCCCCGGGCCCCGAGCAGCCGCCCCCGGGCUCCUCGCCGCCGCCGCCCGCCAAGGGCCACCCCGGUCCGGCCCAGCCCCUGCUCCCAGGCCAUGCCCUGCAACGCCGCUGCGAAGCGGCCCCCGCUGCCGCGGCCGGCACCGGGCCCGGCUGCCCGCUGCUGCCCGACAAGAGCCUGCCCGGGCUGAAGGGGAAGGAGCCGGUGGUCUACCCCUGGAUGAAGAAGAUCCAUGUGAGCACGGUCAAUCCCAAUUACAAUGGAGGGGAGCCCAAGAGGUCUCGCACUGCCUACACCAGACAGCAGGUCCUGGAGCUGGAGAAGGAGUUCCACUUCAACCGCUACCUGACCAGAAGGCGACGCAUCGAGAUCGCUCACACCCUCUGCCUCUCCGAGCGCCAGGUCAAGAUCUGGUUCCAGAAUAGGCGUAUGAAGUGGAAGAAAGACCAUAAACUGCCUAAUACAAAGAUGCGCUCCUCAAACCAGUCCACACUGAGCCAGCAGUCCAAAGCACAGACACAGGGCCACCCCCACCAGCUCGAUGGGGCUACACCCAACGCAGCCGCGCUAUAAAUACGGUUAUUUUUUUCCUAAUAUAUAUAUAUUUACCUAUCUAUUGGAGUUUUCCAGCUGCCCCGUGGUGGAGGCUGGCCGUUUGGACCAAACAACUGUAUAAAACAAAACAGGAGCAGGAAAGGAAGACGAGACGUGCCCAAGAGUGGGCACAUGUUUAAACCAAAACCCGGACGAUUGUCUACAUUGUAUAUAGAUAAUGGUUCCAUGCCCAUCAUUUUUUUUCUAUUUAUGGAAACGUUCCCUCGCCCUCGGUGUAAGAGAGGACUGGAUGCUGUCACGGACGAAUUCUCUGUACCUAAGACGGACUCUUUUUUUCUUUUUUCAUUUUUCUUUUUUCCUUUUCUUUUUAAGAGAACACUUUACAAAUAAAAGACGGUUAAAACAAGGCAAAGCCCUCGUGAGACACUUGUGUGAGGCACUGACUCUAAUAGCGCUGUUUUGUGGCGUGUUCGUGGGUUCCCGUGCGCGGGUGUGUGAGUGUGCACACUCACGCAUGCACACACCCUGACACGGGAGAGAGAAAGAACACGGCCACGGGAGGUGAAGGACUUACGGGAAAUGUCCCCUUACUCUGUCUAAGGGAAAUGUUCUAUGUAUCAAAGGUAACUUAACUGGGUUUAAGUGUAGCUCCCGCAGUAGCCGUGAUCUCUUAGUUUUUCUCCACAUUCUCUAUUGCAUUUAUUUAAAGAAAUAUUGCUAUAAAGGCUGUUGCUGUCUUCAUAUUUGGCACCGUCUAAAUCGUUUGGGUCCAUGUACAAUUUGUGGAUUUUUGGUGUAAUGUAUAACAGUGCCAAAUGCUGGUAAUAAAGAAUAUUCUGUACAAAAGAAUUAAACGCUUGAAACACAA